AUGACCCUCCACGAUAAGCCCACCUCGCCCGAGGACUCAGAGCGUGAUUCCACUCCCACGACGCAAGACCCAAUGACGUUGCAAAAGGCGGAUUUGGAGCGUCUGGGACGCCAACGGCCUGAGACUUUCAAAACCGCCUUCUCAGAAAUCAUGUUUUGCACAUCUAUGCUGGUUUCGAUGUUGAUGUCGGAAUACUUCGUCUCCGGUUUCAACAUCCUCCUCCCAACCGUCUCAAAAGAACUCGAAAUCCCCCUCGGCGCUCAGAUCUGGCCAGCCAGCGUCUUCACUUUAAUAUUGGGCGCCCUACUUCUUCCCCUGGGAAGGGUAGCUGAUAUCUACGGCGGCUUCGUCGUCUUCACAUUGGGGCUGGCCUGGUUCGUCGUCUGGACCCUCAUCGCUGGUUUCAGUGUUAACUACGAAAUGCUCAUCGCAGCCCGGGCACUCCAGGGCCUCGGACCCGCAGCAUUCUUGCCCACGGGUAUCAUGAUUAUGGGCAAGAUAUACCGCCCUGGCCCAAGGAAGAACCUCAUCUUCAGCCUGUAUGGCGCUUUCUCGCCGUUGGGCUUCUUCUUCGGCGUCAUCAUAGGCGGCAUAUCGGGUGAGUACCUCUCUUGGAGAUGGUACUUUUGGCUCGCCGCCAUUGUCACGAGCCUCUGCGCUGCCGCCGCGUUCUUUAGCAUCCCGCGGGGCGGCCUCUCGACCCCCGGUGUCAAGAUGGACUGGUGGGGCGUCUUCACCACGGUCCCUGCGCUCAUCUUAAUCGUGUUUGCGGUUACGGACGGCGCCCAUGCGCCCAACGGGUGGGGGACAAAUUAUGUAAUUGGGACUUUCGUGGCAGGUAUUUUGUUGCUGAUCGUGGCUAUCAUUGUUGAGGGUUCGGUUGCCGAACAGCCUCUGUUGCCAAAAAGCCUGUUCCAUCCGAAAUACUUCAAGACCAUUCUAAUUGGCCUGACUUUUGGGUACGGGAACUUUGGCAUCUUCAUGUACUACGCCAGUUUCUAUGGCUUUGAUCUUUCUCGAACUCUUACCCUCUUAGUAGCUAACGUCAAACGACAUAGUAUGGCAGUAGGAGGAAUAAUCCUCGCGACAGUGGGCGGCCUAACACUACACCUCCUCCCAGGCCGCGUGCUGCUGAUAAUCGCAGGGGCAGGAAGCAUCGUCAGCGUGCUAAUGUUCGCGUUGAUCCCAGAGGGUGGCUCCUAUUGGGCGUGGGUGCUGCCGGCUAUGAUCGGCGCGACAAUCGGGGUCGACAUUAUCUUUAACGUUAGUAAUGUCUUUAUCACAACUAACGUGCCGCACAAGGACCAAGGCGCCGCGGGUUCGCUCAUCUACAGCAUCCUUUUCCUGCCCAUCAGUCUAUUCCUGGGGAUCUCGGACGUCGUGGCCGCAAGCUACGAGUACAGGGGCACCAUGGUCAGCUACAAGGCUGCGUUUUGGUUCAGCACGGGCUGUGCGGCCGCCUCGAUGGUGCUGUUUUGCUUCGUCAAUACUGGCAAGGCGGAGAGCCAGUUGAGGGUUGAGGAGAGGGAGGCGUUGGCUGAGAACCUUGGGCAGGAAGACAGUGCAGUGCUUACACGGGGCGCAAGGCCUGAUGGUGACCGUGCGGCAUAA